AUGGCAGAGAUCAUCGGGACAGCUUCUGCCAUUGUUGGCCUUACCACUUUUGUGGCUCAAGUAGUUAAAAAGAUCGACGCUUUAAAGGAUGCUUACAAGUACAACCGAACUCAGGCUCCAGUUGUGAUCAGAUCAUUGAUCAGCAAUCUGGAAAUCUUUCAUUCAAUUUUGCAAUCCACCCAGUCUUUGGAGGGUCAUCCAGCGGUCGACCAAGUGAUCUUGAAAUGUCAAAUUACCUAUGAGAGCAUCGACCAUUCUUUGGAGGACCUUUUGAAAACAUCUGCCAAAAGCACUGGAUUGAAGUUAGAAAUACAAAUGUUUUCACGGAAUGUUCAACUGGAGGUCGAAGAAAUCGAAUCCAAGCUUGGCUUUAUGAUUGCAUUUCUGAAUUUGUGA